AACUGGUGCUACACUGUCGCCAGAUCUCCGACCGCCACUUUUUAGUAAAUCUGUUAUCAUGUCGGACGUACAGGAAUUCAACAAAGCUGCUGAGGAUGUCAAGAACCUGAACAGCACGCCGUCUGAUAAUGAUCUUUUGGAGCUCUACGGACUUUUCAAGCAGGCCAAUGUGGGCGAUUGCAAUACCGAUAAACCAGGCUUCUUAGACUUUAAAGGCAAGGCCAAAUGGGAGGCUUGGAACAAGCUGAAGGGCAUGACGAAUGGCGACGCGCAGACUGCAUAUGUUGAAAAGGUCAAAUCUCUGAUUGCCACCGUGGGUCUAAAGGCCUAAAUCAGAUAACGACGAUUAAUGAAAUUUGCAUUUGUCGCACGAGCUUUUAUAACGCACAAUGUCCACUCAUGUACAAGCACAAUCACAUUUAAUAUUGAAGCAGUAAAUGUAAUUAAAAAUUAAAUAUUAAUUCUGUUCAA